AAGUGCAUACACCAAUUCAAUCUUACAGAAUCUCUUUAGUUUUGAUUAUAUGUUAUAUAUACAUAAGCAACAUUAGUAAAAUUAUUUAAUACUAUAAACAUAGAGAAUUGAACGUAGGGACGGUGAAAUAGUGAAUUAACUGGGAGCACUAAAAAUCCCGUAAUUCCCCCUUAUUUCAUGUGGUCCAUUCCCAUUACAAAGCCUGAGGUUCAAUUCCUUGUGCUUUGUUUCCCGCCGCGGAACAACAUGGCGGCAGCGGCGUUGAAAGCGUACCAGCUGCUGGAGGUGAACCUCAUCUCGGCGCAGGAUCUGGAGCCGCUCACCAAGAAGAUGCGGACCUACUGCAAAUCAUGGGUCCAUCCCAACAGGAAGCUCACGUCUUGCGUCGACACGGACGGCGCCCACAACCCCACGUGGAACGACAAGUUCGUUUUCAGGGUUAACGACGACUUCCUCCGUCAUGAUUCCUCCGCCGUCAUGAUCGAGAUCUACACCAACCACUGGUUCAAAGACGCCCUCGUCGGCACCGUCAGGCUCCUCGUCGGAAACCUCUUCCCCGCCCCCAACGUCGGCAUGCGCUUCAUCGCCCUUCAGGUGCGGCGGCCGUCCGGGCGCCCGCAGGGAAUUCUGAACAUCGGCGUGGCGUUGCUGGACGGGUGUCUCCGGAGCAUGCCGAUGUACAAAGGGUGCAGUUCGGCAGUUGGAUAUCGCGACCUCAUGCUCGAUCUCCCGACAAAUCUUGAACAAGGCAACAACGACGCCGGGCCUAUGCUGCUCCGCUCAAGAAGCGAGCGCAGCAUCUACUCCUCCAUGGUCGCCGGGAAGCCCUUAGCUAAAAGCAGCUCCAUCCUCAGCAUUUCCGAACCAAUGGAGUCCUUCACCAUAACUACUAAAGGGAAGGGAAAAGCGAGCUCUGCCAUCAACGCUGCAGAGCUCAUAGAAAAGCCAAACAAAAAAGGCAAGGCGUCUUCAGUUCUUAGUGAUUCCGUCUUCAGCAAGACCUCCAGCUUCAAACAAAAGGCUGUUUUGGACAACAACAAACCAGUUGCUAAUGACCAAGUUGUUUCCAUUGGCAAGCCUCUUCAAUUAGUCGCUGGAGGGCCCCACAAGCGAGGCGGCUCUAUUCUGUCCGCCUCUGAGAUCGGGCCCUCAGUGUCUGAAGUGGCGGCCGCCAUGCUGACGGCCGAGAGGAGAUACCCUCUAGCUGAAAACGAAAGCUCCAUCCUCGACGGAUGGAGCUUGGACGAGAGCACAGAAGGGCUCAAGUCGAAGCUGCAGAGGUGGAGGACGGAGCUGCCGCCCUUGUAUGAUCAUCACGGUUACUCUUCCACCAGCGACAAAUCCUCAGCUCACACUCGUAGCCGCAGCGACACUUCCACGGGCCUCUUCUCCUGCUUCGGGAACAUCUGCGGCUACGAGUGCCAGUGCAUCAUAGGUCAGCCACCCAGCCCGCAGCGGAGGAGGAGCCGCGGAAGCAGGUUUAGCUCUGUUGGCAGCCCAUCAUCGUCACUGCUUUGAGACUACGUCGAAUACAGCAGUUGAACAAAUUCAGUGAAUAGGCAUUGCUACUGUUUUUUCUAAAUUUCUUUUUUCUUUUUUCGUGUUCUGCAUAACAUUAUUUAUGUUGUUUUAGUGUAAAUUGUAAUAAAUUCUUUUGUUUUUACAACCUUUUUCAAAAUCU